AACAUUCACCAGAAUUGGCCAAAGUUUGUGUCUUUUUUGCUUUUGUUCGCUAGUUCCCCUCCUCAAAAGACCAUGGGUUCCAAUGGCAAGGAAGUAGCCACCGAGAUCCUCCCUUAUAUCCGAGUUUACAAAGAUGGUUCAGUCGAGCGAUUGGCUGACUCUCCCAUCGUACCACCUUGUGCCGAUGACCCUGAAACUGGGGUCUCGUCAAAAGACAUCAUCGUCUCACAAGACCCACCAAUCUCAGCUCGAAUCUACCUUCCAAAACACCUGCUUGACCAACACCAACACCAAAAGGUUCCCACAUUGGUUUACUUCCAUGGCGGAGGCUUUUGCUUCGAGUCAGCUUUCUCUUUCGUCGAAACCAAGUUCAUGAACCGCUUGGCUCGUUUGGCCAACGCCGUUGUUCUGUCGAUCGAGUAUAGGCUGGCCCCUGAACACCCUCUCCCCAUUGCUUAUCACGAUUGCUGGGCCGGUCUUCAAUGGGUUGUUUCUCAUUCCAACGACGAGCCUUGGGUUUCUACUUACGUUGAUUUCGAUCGUGUUUAUAUCGGCGGCGACAGCGCCGGUGCCAACAUCGCUCAUAGCAUACUGAUUCGAGCUGGAUCGGAGGGCUUACAUAAUGGUGUUAAAAUCAAAGGAGCUUUUCUAACACACUCUUACUUUUGGGGUUCCAAACCAGUCGGGUCCGAGAUGAAGGAUGUAGAAGAACGAGAGAAGGUGGCAAUGACUACCAUGUGGCACUUGGCGUAUCCGGAGGCGCCCGGAGGUGUCGAUAACCCGAUGAUGAAUCCGUUGGCUGCCGGAGCUCCGAGUCUGGCCAGACUUGAUUGUUCGAGGCUGCUUGUUAGUGUUGCCGGAAAGGAUUUAUUGAGGGACAGAGAGAUUUUGUAUUAUAAUGCAGUGAAGGAAAGUGGGUGGCAAGGGGAACUGGAGUUGGUUGAUUUUGAAGAUGAAGAUCAUGCGUUUCAUAUUCUGGCAUAUGAAUCUGAGAAUGCUCAGAAAUUGAUCAAACGCCUGGCGUCUUUCAUUGUUUAAGAUAGUAUUGGCGGUAAUUAGGGGGUGUUAAAAAAUAUUCGAUUCGGAUAAUCCGAUUUAAAUCUACGAGUAUUUAUAAUGAAAAUAUUCAAAUUUUCGGACUAAAUAUUUGUUAAAUCAACCGGCAUCUAUAAUGAAAAUAUUCUAAUUUCUAGA